AAUGUUUACAAUGCGUUCAACAAAUCCGUGAAUUGUUGUUAAAUGUGUUGUGAUUGAAGUGAUUGUCACCCGAUUUACCACUCAUUCAGACAAUACAAAGACAAUACAUCCACUUUGAAGAGACCACGUGUUGAUUGUCUGCCCAGUGAUGAUCAUAUCGACACUUUGCCGACACAUUCAACGCUUGACCGGCACUUCGCGGCCACGAGUGGUCCGUUUGGCGGCCAAUGGUGUGCCGAAGACGCGGUCGCUGUCAUCGACCACUACCAGCAACAGUACCGCCGAUGACGUGAAAUCCACGGCCGACGCCCCGCCAGAGAUGAUAGACAACAGGCCAUUGGCGCGGCCGCGACGGGCGCUCCUCUACUGUCCCGGAAGUGACGCCCGAAAAGUGGCCAAAUUGUCGCACAUUUGCGGAACCGUUGAUUCGGUGGUUCUUGACUGCGAGGAUGGCGUCGCUCACAAUAAGAAGGAAGAGGCCAGACAUGGCAUCCGUGAAGCCAUUCAAACGGUUCCGUUUGGUCGAAGCGAAUGCGCCGUUCGGAUCAACUCAAUGGACAGCGGUUUUGCUGAAGAAGAUCUGAAUGUUGUGUUUUCCGGCGAAAAGAUACCCAAAACUAUACUUUUGCCGAAAGUAGAGACUAAAGAGCACUUGGAUUCGUUUUGCGAAAAACUGAUCAAAGCGUUGGGCAAACGAAAGACGUCGCGAGACAUACAUUUGUUGACUUACGUGGAGAGCGCCAAAGGGUUGUUGAAUCUGAAGGACGUGAUCACUCACGCCAUUGAAUUGUCGGAAUACAAUCUGUUCUCAUUGGAGGGCAUUGUCUUUGGCUCCGACGACUUCUGCGCCUCAAUUGGAGCGACCCGAACGGCCGGCGCAUCCGAGACACUGAUGGCCAGACAACAAGUGGUCGUAACCGCUAAAGCAUAUGACUUACAAGCUAUUGAUGUCGUGUAUAUAGACUUUAAAGAUAUCGAUGGUCUGAGAGCCCAGUCUGAAUCGGGCGCUAAAAUGGGAUUCACUGGCAAACAGGCCAUACAUCCGACGCAAGUGGAUGUGAUUCAGGCGGCGUUUACGCCGUCGGCCGAACGGAUCCAAUGGGCGACCCGUUUGGUGGACGAGUACCACAAGUCUCAAAGCGAAGGAAAGGGUGCGUUUGUUUUCGAGGGACAGAUGAUUGACCGGCCGCUGCUCUUACAGGCGCUCAAUAUUAUAGACAUCUCACGAGCCGUUCAGACCAACAAAUAAACAACAAUUGUAAACA